UUUGACCAAUUUUGUACUUUCCCUCCCUCUUCUCUUCCCAUAUAUCCACGUGUGUUCACAUUACCAUCUUCUCUUUUCUGUUUUCUCUGCCCAACAAUACCUAUUUUUCUUCUCCUUCAUCUCUAUGCCUUUCCACCUUUCUUAAGGGUAUGCAUGUCUCUCUCUUGUUUAGUGAGGAAACAUGAGGUAAUGAUGAAUUGGCAACAAAAGUGUUCAAAAAAUUAAUUUUUUUUGAAAAGGGGUUUACAGGGUUUAAGGCUAAGCUCCUUGAAGAUCCAUGUUGCUUCAAAAUAGCAUUUUUGUGGAAUAUUAAAAGCUUAUAUAUCAAUGAAGGGUGAAACAGUGAACGUGACAUGGCUCAGUGGUUUAUGGCAAGUUUCUCGCAAAAGUGGUUCAGAUGAAAAGGAUAUAAUUGGAUUUAUGUCAUUUGAAGUUGCAGGGUUGAUGUCAAAAGUGGUUAAUUUAUGGCAUUCUUUGAGUGAUAAUGAAGUAAUGAAUUUAAGAGAAUGGUUAGUAAAAUCAGUUGGUGUCAAAAUGCUUGUUUCUGAUGAUGAAUAUUACUUGAUGGAACUUGCAUGGAAUGAAAUACUCAAUAACUUUCAAUCUCUUACACAAUCUGUUGCAAGGUUAAGCAAGAAGUGCAAAGAUCCAAUUUAUCAUAGUUAUGAAAAUUUUGUUCAUAACCCUUGUCAUGAUUAUGUUCAAUGGAUAGGGUGGGAGUAUAGAUGGAAAAAAAUGGAGAAAAAGGUGAAGAAAAUGGAAAGAUUUGUUGCUUCAAUGUCACUUUUGUCUCAAGAGAUUGAGGUGUUAGCUGAGUGUGAACAAAGUUUCAGGAGAAUGAAGCUGAAUUACGAUGCGAAUAAGGCGAAAUUGUUUGAGUUUAAGAAAAAGGUUUUGUGGCAGAGGAAUCAAGUGCAAAAUGUUAGAGAUUUGUCUCCUUGGAGUAGAAGUUAUGAUUAUGUUGUUAGGUUGUUGGCAAGAUCAUUGUUCACAAUUCUUGAAAGAAUCAUACUUGUCUUUGGAAAUACUCAUCUAUCAAUUGAAAACCAACAAAAUGAUUCAUCCACAACAAUGAAUUAUACAGAUAAUGAUCGUCUUGCACGAAAUCAUUCCUUUCCUGUUCUCAGUGUCACACAUUCUUCGAUACAUCCUUCUGAGUCGAAUCAUCUAAAUGGAUUUUGUUCAGGAUCACCGAUCGGGAACAUGCCAAUGUUAAACAAGAGCAAGAACAAGAAGAAAGAGCAGCAAUUGUUUAAUUCACAAGGCAAGCAAUUGAAAUACAUUGGAUCCUUCAAAGGGUGCAUUUCGAUCGAAAACGAUUCUCAUGUUGUACAGAGUUGUAUGCCAACUAAUGUUAGUUCUAUGAGGAAAAAUAUCGAUGUGAACACGAAAUUGGUUAAUAAAUUGUCUCUCUUUCACAAAAAUAGAGUGUACUUUAAACUCUCUCUUAAAAGUAAGUUAAAGCCGGCUCCAUCAACACUUGGUGAUGGAGCCUUAGCUUUACAUUAUGCAAAUGUGAUUGUAUUGAUAGAGAAGAUAUUCUCAUCAUCAGCAACUCGCACGAUCGAUGUUCAUGCAAGAGACAGUCUUUACAAUAAGCUACCGACGACUAUAAGAACAGCUUUGAGGGGCAAGCUUAAAUGGUAUGCCAAAACUGUCAAUGUUGGUAACCUUGCAGUAGAAUGGAAUGUGGUAAUGACACAAAUAUUGGAGUGGUUAGCUCCACUUGCACACAACAUGGUGAAGUGGAAUUCUGAGAGGAAUUUUGAGAAGGAACAUACUACUUUGAAAGCAAAUGUUUUACUUGUUCAAACUCUUUACUUUGCUAAUCAAGCAAAAACUGAAGCUGCAAUUGUUGAACUUCUUGUUGGUCUUCAUUAUGUGUAUAAGAUUGAUAGAAAGACUCACAUGAGAGACACAUAGAAGUUUGUAGAGUCUAGAUCAUUUAUGAAGGAUUUAAAUUAGUUGGGUGAUAGAUGUUUGUUCAUACACUAUAUGCAUAUGAAGGAGUGUACAAGUAUAGAAUAGUACAUAACAAAUAGUUGAGUCAUAGGACAAUGUUUUUGUUUUGUAAAUCGGUAUGCGUAACACAAACAAUUUUGUGUCCUAUAUGUUAGUAAUGUUUAAUUUUCACAAAUGGCAAAUAUUAGCUUCCUUCUAUAAAUUGU